AUGCGCUUGAUUGCGCAUAGGGCCAGGUACUGUAUUCUCUGCACGAGCGAACAGCAUUCGUUGCAGCAGAUUCAGUCUGCAAGCACCGGCUACAAGGGCCUGGUCGAGUACCAGGUCAUUGGCCGUCAUCUCCCAAGUGACGCCAACCCAACCCCAAAGCUCUACCGCAUGCGUAUCUUUGCACCAAACGAUGUCGUCGCCAAGUCUCGUUUCUGGUACUUCCUCGCCAAGCUGCGCAAGAUCAAGAAGGCCAACGGUGAGAUCGUCAGCUUGAACAAGAUCCACGAGAAGCACCCUCUCAAGGUCAAGAACUUUGGUAUCUGGAUUCGAUACGACUCGCGUUCCGGUACCCACAACAUGUACAAGGAGUACCGCGAGAUGUCCCGCACAGACGCCGUGAAGGCGCUCUACCAGGACAUGGCUUCCCGCCACCGUGCUCGCUUCAGGACCAUCCACAUCCUCAAGGUCGUUGAGGUUGAGAAGACCGACGACCUUCGCCGCCCAUACAUCAAGCAACUCACCACCAAGAACCUCAAAUUCCCUCUGCCUCACCGUGCAGCACCAAAGUCCGGCAAGAAGGUCUUUGCCGCAACCCGUCCAAACACCUUCUACUAGACGUUUCGUGGACAUUGUGCAUUUGCUGGGAUGGAUCACGACUGCUUUGGUUGGCAGUCCUUGGCGUUGCUACGGAGGAUUACGCUAGCGUAUGAUCAAAAUGAGGCUCACUGCCAAAUGCACAGACAUUGAUGACUUUCUUCCUG